AUGUCCGAACUAGGCUUACGCCGCUAGUUCUAUCUACAUGGGGGCGCUGAGAUCUUUUCGACCGACUUUAGGUCAGCUUCUAAUAGUCCAUACUUAUAUACUCAAAGGUCGUACCCAUGUCUUUUCCGGUUUCUGUUUUCCAAGUGACAGCAACAAAAUGAAGCAGAUUGUUACCAAUCAAACGGUAAAAAUCCCAGAUGGAUUAUCCGUAUCAGUCAAAUCUAGGAUGGUGACAGUAAAAGGGCCUCGGGGUAUAUUGAAACGCUCAUUCAAACAUCUUGCUUUGGAUAUUCGUAUGGUUAGCCCAAAAGUACUCAAAGUUGAGAAAUGGUUUGGCACAAAGAAAGAACUUGCAGCAGUCCGUACCGUGUGUUCCCAUAUUGAAAACAUGUUGAAAGGUGUGACUAAAGGAUACCAAUACAAGAUGCGAGCUGUAUACGCUCAUUUUCCUAUUAAUUGUGUUACUACGGAGAACAAUACCGUUAUUGAAAUUCGUAAUUUCUUGGGAGAAAAGUACAUCAGACGUGUGAAAAUGGCACCUGGUGUAACCGUUAGCAAUUCAGCUAAGCAAAAAGAUGAAUUAAUAUUGGAGGGAAAUUCUUUAGAAGAUGUUUCACGAUCUGCUGCAUUGAUUCAGCAGUCAACGACCGUGAAAAACAAAGACAUCAGGAAGUUCUUAGAUGGUUUAUAUGUAUCUGAGAAAACUACAGUUAUUCAAGAUGAUGAAUAAAAGUAUUUCAUUUCUAUACAAUUAAAUAA